CUGCACUACGGGAGCCUCCUGGACAGCAGAGCUUGUGCCCAGAUGGCAGCAGCUGCCUGGGGCAGUGGCUUUCUGUACAGUGUCCUGCACACAGCCAACACAUUUUCCCUGCCCCUCUGCCAAGGCAAUGCUGUGGACCAGUUCUUCUGUGAGAUCCCCCACAUCCUCAAACUCUCCUGCUCAGAUGCCUACCUCAGGGAAGUUUUGUCUCUUGUGUUUAGUGGUUUUUUAGGCUUUGGUUGUUUUGUUUUCAUUGUGGUGUCCUAUGUGCAGAUCUUCAGAGCUGUGCUGAGGAUGCCCUCUUCUCAGGGCCAGCACAAAGCCUUUUCCACGUGCCUCCCUCACCUGGCUGUGGUCUCCCUUAUGGUCAGCACUGCCAUGUUUGCCUACCUGAAGCCCCCCUCCAUUUCCUCUCCAUCCCUGGACCUGGUCGUGUCAUUUCUGUAUUCAGUGGUACCUCCAGCACUGAACCCCCUCAUCUACAGGAUGAGAAACAAGGACUUAAAACGUCGUCAUAAGACCUAUCUCAAAGACCUUGGAAAGGACAGAUUGAUCAAAGAGGUUCCUCGGGACGUGGAAAAGGCAGAUGUCGAAAGCAUCUUCUACUUCAAGGCUAAGCAGAUGGAUGAUUAA